AUGAAUAGUCUUUUAUUUUGUAAAAGCAGAGAUAUUAAAAGAAAGAUAAAUUUCGUUAGUUGUUUUCUUUUUUCGGUAACAAAAAGAGGUGUUCUUCAAUCAAAAUUUAAAAAAAAAAAUGAAACAUCCUUUAAUUUUCCCUUUAAAGUAAGCAGAACAACAUCAGGGAACUUACCAGUCUACCCAAAGAUAAGAAGACAUGGAACAAUUGUCACAACCGUUGUAAGACAUAUAUAUGGAGACAUAAAGGCAUUCAAAGAACACCUACGAAAUAUAUGUGAAGCACCAGUUCGAGAACACAUUGGAUAUAUUGAAGUGAAGGGAUUACAUACGGUCAAGAUAAAACAGUGGUUGCAACACAUUGGGUUCUGA